CUCCGCAGCGCUCUCCGAUCCGGGUGGCCGCGGCGCCGGCAUGGCGCGGUUCGAGGUGAACGGCAAGUCGGUGCAAGGCGUGGACCUGCUGCGGCGGCGCCACUGGGCGUCGCGCCUCGACUUCUGGCCCUUCCUUGCGCUCUAUGCGCUCUGGCUGCUGCUCGCCGUCCCGGCGCUCGACUUCACCGACGCUCUCAUCGUCCUUGCCGCGCUCUCCGCUGCUCACAUCCUCGCCUUCCUCUUCACCGCCUGGUCCGUCGAUUUCCGGGCCUUUGUUGGGUACUCCAAGGUCAAGGAUAUCCGUGCCGCUAACGCGUGUAAGGUGACUCCGGCUAAGUUCUCGGGGUCAAAGGAGAUUGUACCCCUGCACAUACAGAGAGUUGUGGCCUCAACUUCGGCUGCAGGUGAGACAGAGGAGAUUUACUUUGAUUUUCGGAAGCAGAGGUUCAUCUUCUCGGCGGAGAAAGAUAACUUUUUUAAGCUCCGGUACCCAACGAAGGAGUUGAUCGGUCAUUAUGCCAAGGGCACUGGUUAUGGAACUGAGGCCAAGAUUGGCACCGCUGUGGAUAAGUGGGGUAGAAACGUAUUCGAGUAUCCACAGCCCACAUUUCAGAAAUUAAUGAAGGAGCAAAUCAUGGAACCAUUUUUGUUUUCCAGAUGGGUUAAAAUCCCUGGAACUGAACUACUACCAGGAGAUAUUGUGUCAAUAGGUCGCUCAACUAGUGGUGAAGAUAGAUCUGUACCAGCAGAUAUGCUAUUGUUAGCUGGGUCUGCAAUAAUAAAUGAAGCUAUUCUUACAGGAGAAUCUACUCCACAGUGGAAGGUUUCAAUUGCUGGACGUGGUCCUGAGGAUAUGCUAUCUAUAAAGCGGGAUAAGAACCAUAUCCUAUUUGGUGGCACUAAAGUAUUGCAACACACUGCAGAUAAGUCUGUAAUUCUUCGAGCACCUGAUGGUGGCUGCCUAGCUUUUGUAUUGAGGACUGGAUUUGAGACUAGCCAAGGGAAAUUGAUGAGGACUAUCUUAUUUUCAACUGAGAGGGUUACUGCAAAUAACAAGGAAAGUGGCCUGUUUAUACUCUUUUUUGCUCUUCUUUGCAAUUAUUGCGUCCGGUUAUGUGCUUAUGAAGCAGUCAACACAUCUUUAAUUGCAUUGGCUAGGCGUGGUAUUUUCUGCACAGAGCCGUUCAGAAUACCGUUUGCUGGGAAGGUUGACAUAUGCUGCUUCGAUAAGACAGGGACUCUGACAUCAGAUGAUAUGGAAUUCCAAGGUAUAGUUACUUUGGAAGGUGACGAUGAGUUAAUAUCUGAUGCAAAUAAGUUGCCCCUCCGAACUCAAGAAGUGCUUUCCAGUUGCCAUGCAUUGGUUUUUGUCGACAACAAGCUGGUCGGUGAUCCCCUCGAAAAGGCUGCUAUAAAGGGCAUAGACUGGAUCUACACAUCUGAUGAGAAGGCCAUGUCUAAAAAGCCUGGUGGUCAACCUGUACAGAUUGUGCACAGGUACCAUUUUGCUUCUCACUUGAAGAGAAUGUCUGUUAUCGUCCGUAUUCAGGAGAAAUUUUACGCUUUCAUUAAGGGUGCACCAGAGACCAUCCAAGAGAGAUUAGUUGAUUUACCUGCUGCAUAUGUGGAGACAUAUAAGAAAUACACACGGCAAGGUUCUCGGGUCUUGGCUCUUGCAUACAAAUUGCUUCCUGAGAUGCCUGUUAGUGAAGCUAGAAGUUUGGAAAGGGAUCAAGUAGAGAGCGACCUAACAUUUGCUGGUUUUGCGGUCUUCAACUGUCCUAUAAGGAGCGACUCUGGUGCUGUCUUACAAGAACUGGGACAAUCUUCCCAUGACUUGGUCAUGAUCACUGGAGACCAAGCAUUGACUGCCUGCCAUGUUGCUAGCCAAGUACAUAUAUCUUCCAAACCUGUUUUGAUCUUGACACGGAUAAAGACUGGUGGUUUUGAGUGGGUUUCGCCAGAUGAAACUGAUAGAGCUCCAUACAGUGCUGUGGAGGUUGCAGUGUUAUCAGAAUCUCAUGACCUUUGUAUUAAUGGGGACUGUUUUGAAAUGCUACAAAGUACUGAGGCUGUUCUCCAGGUUAUCCCUUAUGUGAAGAAUGUAAUUGAACAUUCUUUACACUCUCUUAAGAGGUGGCUUAUACUUAUGCUAGAAGUAUGGCACAUAUGGAAGAAGUUUAAGCCAGUAACUGCACAUGUUGGCAUAGCUCUUUUGAAUGCUCAACCAGUUCAGAAAGUCGACUCAAAAUCCAAAGCUGAAAAUAAAUCUGGGAAAUUGAAAAAACAGAAGCCUGCUAAUGAAGCAUCAUCACAAGUGACUCCAGCAGCUAAUAGUUCUGCUAAAGCAUCGAGCAGCCGCCCCAUGACUGCUGCUGAGAGGCAGCGAGAAAAGCUGCAGAAAAUGUUGGAUGAAAUGAAUGAUGAAAGUGAUGGCCGUUCAGCACCAAUUGUUAAGCUUGGUGAUGCUUCUAUGGCUUCACCUUUCACAGCAAAGCAUGCCUCUGUUGCCCCUACUCUUGACAUCAUCCGUCAGGGGAGAAGCACGCUAGUCACUACACUUCAAAUGUUCAAGAUUCUUGGGCUCAAUUGCCUUGCAACCGCUUACGUUCUCAGUGUCAUGUACUUGGAUGGUGUCAAACUGGGCGAUGUUCAGGCUACAAUCAGUGGUGUCUUUACUGCAGCCUUCUUCCUCUUCAUCUCCCAUGCUCGGCCACUCCAAACGCUGUCUGCAGAGCGGCCUCACCCUAACAUAUUCUGUGCAUACGUUCUGCUCUCCAUUCUUGGCCAGUUCGCCAUGCACAUAUUCUUCCUCAUCACAGCUGUCAAUGAAGCAUCAAAGCAUAUGCCAGAGGAAUGCAUUGAGCCCGACUCAGGCUUCCAUCCAAACCUUGUGAAUACAGUUUCAUACAUGGUGAACAUGAUGAUCCAGGUGGCAACCUUUGCUGUAAACUACAUGGGCCACCCAUUUAAUCAGAGCAUAUCUGAGAACAAGCCCUUCAAGUAUGCGUUGUAUGGAGCGGUUGCUUUCUUCACAGUGAUCACAUCAGAUAUGUUCAGGGAUUUGAAUGACUACAUGAAGCUUGAACCCUUGCCUGAGGGAAUGCGUGGCAAAUUGAUGUUGUGGGCUAUUCUAAUGUUUUGUGGUUGCUAUGGAUGGGAGCGGCUUCUGCGAUGGAUAUUCCCAGGAAAGAUGCCUGCGUGGGAGAAGCGCCAGAAACAGGCAGUUGCAAACUUGGAGAAAAAGCGAGAUUAG